GAUCUUCUAACUUUAGGUCAUUCUCUAAAGCAUCCUUUACCUCUAUUGUAUUUAACGGUACAAUAAACAACAAAUUUCUGUUCCUUCGAUUCGCGAAAGAUCCCCCAGCAGCCCCUCCCUCCAAUGCAACAGUAGGCGCUAGUACCCAGGACUCGUCUUCUUUGUUCUUGGCGGGAAGGUUACAAAGUGGAACAAAGCAAGCCAGGAGUGACGAUAUCUAUGGCGGACGUGAACAAAUUCUUCAUUCUGUCGCUUCGAAACGACUCAAUAAGAACAAAAUAGUCGACGCUGCAGACAUGAUUGGAACAAAAGCCAUGAAAGAGCUAUCAACCCUCAAACGAGAGCUGAAAUGCUGGGAAAACAUGUUUGAACGAACACAUGGCCGUAAACCCAACAAGGAUGACAUAAACAGUGGUCCAGAUGAAAUAAAAGAAUCCUAUAAGAGAUACAAAGUACUGAAAGAGUCAACAUCCAGGGUAGAGACAGAAGGAUGCAAACAGGAAGACAAUGAUGAAGUUUUUGGCAAGACUUUGAAUAAGAAAGUUGCAGAUGUAAAACUUUCAUCUUUACCUUUUCGUGCAAACUAUUGGGCUGAUAUCACACCCAUAAGAUUGUGCCAUGGGCAGAGGCCCAAGAAAAGAGAUGAUGUACCUGCAAAGAAGGAUGAUGUUGAUAAGAAUGUCGCAGGAAUCAACCCAGGUGGAAAUACUGAAAACGAGCCAGCCUUAAGUAUCGAUAAUAACUUUCAAGAUAUUAAAAUAGUUGAUACGUCUGAACACAAAAUGACAUCUUCUACCAGGAAUAGAAUUAGUUCAAGUUUACCACUCUCUGGUCAUCAAUCAAGAAAUGUUCGAAUCAAGAAAAGGGGAACAAUUUCAUCAGCCUGGCUUGAAAAGUAUAAACCCAAGUUAGAUACAGACCAUUGUGUGUCGCAUUCGAAUAGUUUAAGAGAGAGUAAAUCUGAAUCAGAAAACAUUCACUUUGAUGAGGAAAUGUCCACUAGUGAGGAAAAGAACUCAGACAGAGAAAAUACAUGUAAUACUUUGUGGACAAGUAGACAGAGUGAAAUUUCUUGUUCAAUUGAGAAAUAUAAAGAAACGUCUCAGAAUUCCUUUAAUGUUGUGGAAAAGAAUACAAAAAAGAAGAGCCCUGAAAUUAAAUCAAACGUAAAUAAUCUGAAAAGUGCUGUGGAUGGAAGUUGUAAAAGAGAUCACGAAACUGUUGUAACAUACAAAUGCAAAGAAAGAGAGGAUGAGAAAUACACAAAUGAAGAACUUCAUCUGCAGGUCAGUGAUGCAGAUGAGUCAUCAAGAAAAAGCUGUGCAAGUGGCUCAGAUUUUGUUUCUCUGUCAAACCCUAUCAUGUCCAACGCAUUAGGAGAAGAUGCAGAAUCUGCUUCUAUUGAAGACUCUAGGAAUUCUCCUCUAGAAGUCACAAGAAAUAAAAGAAAAGCUGGAAGAGACACCAUGGAACUGGAGAAGCCUUGCAAGAAGUUGCGAUGUGAAAGUGAUAUCGAUGAGGAGAUCUGUGAAGAAAGCAAAGAAGAGAACAAUGGAGAUGAAGAGGAUCUACCCCAAAAGGCUUCUAAACAAGAGACCCUUCAUAAAAGUAGCAAAGCAAAAGCAUCAUCAGGCCUUGUCAGUGACAAUUUUCAGAGACUUAACAUGAAGCACCGUUCUUAUCGCCGGCGUGGUGGUGGUAUCAGUGGAUCUGCACACAAGAGGAAGGCUUGGAAACAGAUCAUGAAAUCACGUGGUGAAUUUGUUCCGCAGAAAAGUUGGAGUGGCAGAGGAAGGGGUGGUGGAAGAGGAGGGGCAUCUGGGGCUUGUUAUAAGUGUGGACAAGAAGGUCACUGGGCUAAGAACUGUAGAGGAGCUAAACGAAACAACAACAGUUUGGGCAGCAAUUUGAAACGUUGUGAACAAGAAACAGAUGAUGUUGAGAUGGAGGAGUUUGAACCACUCCCUACAUUAGAGGAAGCUGCAUUGAUGGCUGCAGGAGUGCAACAGGAUGACUCCUCACAAAAUGAGGAACUUGUGAUUCUACCACACCAGCUUCCUAGGCCUGUGUACACACCACCCAGCCCUCCCCCAGCAGUCAAGCCUUUUUAUCAGCCAGAGAAUGGAAAGCCCAUUGACAUUACAAAAGAAGUGUUGUCUUCUCUAGAGAAGUUAGGAUUUUCAUCAUUCCGACCAGGGCAACAGGAAGCUGUAAUGAGAAUCCUUUGUGGUAAGUGUAGGUGAAGUCUGCAUCUGAGCCAAUUAGCCCAUCAGGUCAGCACUUAUCUCCAGUUUCUGUUGCGUGAAGUGCCUAGAAUUAUUUCUUCUCCUUCCUGGAUGGGAUGCUAGUCCAUUCCAGCAUUGAAUCCUGCAGUACCCAUUUAUACACCUGGGUGGAGAGGAGUGCUCUAGGAGUAAAGUGUCUUGCCGAAGAACACAACGCAAUGACCCAGCCAGGGCUCUAAUUUGGACCGUUCGAUCUGGAGGCAAGCGCACUAGUGGCAUGGCAUGGACUAGUGACUUGACUAAAUGUAAAAGCUAAAGGUGUGGACUCGUGACAAGUCUUCUGUGACCCACAGAGCACUUAUAACUGACAAAUUAUUGACGACUAUUUAAUGACUCAAAUGGCCAGGAUUAUGUAUUUAAUGCAGUGCUAGGCCCAGGUUACAAUUUACAUGUGCCUUGGUCAGCUAUGACGUCUUUUGCAAAGCUU